CAUCCUGCGAGCCCGCUGAGGCAAGCCGAGCCGCGGCGGCGCCGGGAAGCCAGCGACGGAUCUGCGAGGAGCCGAACGGCGGCGCGGGGACGGUGGCGACGGACAGGUCGUGAGCCCUCGCCCGCGUCGCCCGCCCGGGGCUGUUGGGCCGUCCGCCGAGUCCCGCUGUCAGGACGUGGCGUCCGGCGGUGGCGGUGGCAUCCCGGACGGCCUGCGAGGGAUGCGCCGCCUACUGCCCCGCGCCGCCUGACCGCCCCCGCCUUGCCCCGCGGUGCGCCACAGCCGGGCCCGCGGCCGUCCCUGCGGUCGUCCCCUCCGCGCUGUCCCCCAGCCGCUGCGCCUGCGGAGCUGCGCCCGGCCCGGCCAUGUGGACCCCCACGGAGGAGGAGAAAUACGGCGUAGUGAUAUGCAGCUUUCGAGGUUCUGUCCCUCAAGGACUGGUCUUAGAAAUAGGAGAAACAGUUCAAAUUCUUGAAAAGUGUGAAGGUUGGUACAGAGGAGUUUCAACGAAGAAGCCUAAUGUGAAGGGGAUCUUUCCUGCAAAUUACAUUCAUUUGAAGAAGGCAAUUGUCAGUAAUAGGGGGCAGUAUGAAACUGUGGUGCCACUUGAAGAUUCUAUUGUGACAGAAGUUACAGCAACUCUACAGGAAUGGGCCAGUCUAUGGAAACAGCUUUAUGUGAAACACAAAGUAGAUCUUUUCUACAAACUACGCCAUGUGAUGAAUGAACUCAUUGACCUUCGAAGGCAGCUACUGUCUGGUCACCUGACACAGGAUCAGGUGCGGGAGGUUAAGCGGCACAUCACCGUACGACUGGACUGGGGUAAUGAGCAUUUGGGCCUGGAUUUGGUGCCUCGGAAGGACUUUGAAGUAGUGGACUCAGACCAGAUUAGUGUCUCGGAUCUCUAUAAAAUGCAUUUAUCUAGCCGACAGAGUGUACAGCAAAGCACAUCUCAAGUAGAUACAAUGCGCCCACGCCAUGGGGAAAGCUGUCGGAUGCCAGUACCACAUCAUUUCUUCUUCAGCCUGAAGAGUUUCACCUAUAAUACCAUUGGGGAAGAUACUGAUGUCUUCUUUUCUCUCUAUGACAUGAGAGAAGGCAAACAGAUAAGUGAACGGUUUCUGGUGAGACUGAACAAGAAUGGUGGACCAAGGAACCCAGAGAAGAUAGAACGAAUGUGUGCCCUUUUUACAGAUCUGAGCAGCAAAGACAUGAAGAGAGAUUUAUACAUAGUGGCCCAUGUGAUCCGAAUAGGUCGAAUGCUCCUGAAUGACUCCAAAAAGGGUCCUGCUCACCUGCACUACAGGCGGCCGUAUGGCUGUGCAGUUCUAAGCAUUUUGGAUGUUCUGCAGUCACUUACAGAAUUAAAAGAAGAAAAAGAUUUUGUUCUUAAAGUUUACACAUGUAACAAUGAGAAUGAGUGGACCCAGAUUCAUGAGAACAUCAUCCGAAAAUCAAGCACCAAGUACUCUGCCCCCAGUGCCAGCCAUGGUCUUAUUAUUUCCCUACAGCUUUUUCGUGGUGACAUGGAACAGAUUCGGAGAGAAAAUCCCAUGAUAUUUAAUAGAGGAUUAGCUAUUACAAGAAAAUUGGGAUUUCCUGAUGUUAUCAUGCCAGGUGAUAUCCGCAAUGAUUUGUACCUAACCCUGGAGAAGGGGGAUUUUGAAAGAGGGGGAAAGAGUGUACAAAAGAAUAUUGAAGUGACCAUGUAUGUACUCUAUGCAGAUGGAGAAAUCUUAAAGGACUGUAUCAGCUUGGGUUCUGGAGAACCAAAUAGGAGUUCCUAUCACUCCUUUGUUCUCUACCACAGUAAUAGUCCUCGUUGGGGAGAAAUUAUCAAAUUACCUAUUCCCAUUGACAGAUUCCGGGGCUCCCAUCUACGUUUUGAAUUCAGGCAUUGUUCCACAAAGGACAAAGGGGAAAAGAAACUCUUUGGCUUUGCAUUCUCUCCCCUGAUGCGUGAUGAUGGCACCACACUCUCAGAUGAUAUUCAUGAGCUUUAUGUGUAUAAGUGUGAUGAGAAUAGCACGUUUAACAACCAUGCCCUGUACCUUGGCCUGCCCUGCUGCAAAGAAGACUACAAUGGCUGCCCUAAUAUUCCCUCCAGCCUCAUCUUCCAGCGUAGCACCAAAGAGUCUUUCUUCAUUUCUACACAACUUUCUUCUACCAAACUCACACAGAAUGUGGACCUUCUCGCUCUGCUGAAAUGGAAAGCUUUCCCAGAUAGGAUCAUGGACAUCCUCGGGCGGUUGCGGCAUGUCAGUGGGGAAGAAAUUGUUAAGCAAGACGAGGGGAGGUGGGAGUCCGGCCCCAAGAUGCUCCAACCUUGCCUUGGAGAGGCAAGAGCCAGUCGGGGAAAUUCAGCACCACGGAGAGCUCCACCCCCGCUGCCUGAGGAAGACCUUGUUCAUCUUCCUAAAGGAACCCCAAGGAAAGGUGCAGCAGCGGGCUGCAAACUUUACUGUGGGGAGAAGGGCCUCCUGAAACUGGAGGACCAGUCCCUUCAUGUGUUCCAGCAUAUCACAGAUGGGGUGGAUGCUAGGAUAGGCCAACUCAUAACUCUGGUCCUGGGUCUUGGUGGUUGCUGGGUUGGUCAGCAGAUGACUCUCCUGCAUCCUCAAUACCAGGGUGAACUCUCCAGCACUGCCCCAGCCAGUUCACCCUAUGAACUAAGCAGCCAAAGGAAACCUGGUUCUCCUGCUCUCAUUUCCCAAGUCUGGCUGGCCAACAUGGAGCUUAUCCGCUGUUUGAAGUGGUACAUGGACUGCUCCGCAGAACUAAUCCGGCAGGACCACAUUCAGGAAGCCAUGCGGGCCCUGGAAUACCUUUUCAAGUUCAUUGUGCAGUCACGAAUCCUGUAUUCAAGAGCCACCUGUGGGAUGGAAGAGGAACAGUUCCGGUCUAGCAUCCAAGAGCUUUUCCAGUCCAUUCGGUUUGUGCUGAGUCUGGACAGUAGAAACUCGGAAACACUCCUCUUCACUCAGGCUGCACUACUCAAUUCUUUCCCCACUAUCUUUGACGAGUUGCUGCAAAUGUUUACCGUGCAAGAGGUAGCAGAGUUUGUGAGAGGAACCCUGGGAAGCAUGCCUAGCACUGUGCACAUUGGACAGUCAAUGGAUGUGGUGAAGCUGCAGUCCAUUGCCAGGACAGUAGACAGUCGCCUGUUUUCUUUCUCCGAAUCCCGCCGCAUCCUGCUUCCUGUGGUUCUUCAUCACAUUCAUCUUCACCUGAGGCAGCAGAAAGAGCUGCUAAUCUGCUCAGGAAUUCUGGGCAGUAUCUUCUCCAUCGUCAAGACCAGCUCUCUGGAGGCAGAUGUCAUGGAGGAGGUAGAGAUGAUGGUGGAAAGCCUCCUGGAUGUGCUCUUACAGACUCUGCUCACCAUCAUGAGUAAAUCACAUGCUCAGGAGGCGGGUGAAUAUGUGUCCUGCCUCCUCUCAUUGCUCCGUCAGAUGUGUGACACCCAUUACCAACACCUUUUAGACAACUUCCAGAGCAAAGAUGAACUCAAGGAAUUUCUGCUGAAGAUUUUCUGUGUGUUCAGAAACCUAAUGAAGAUGAGUGUCUUCCCUCGAGACUGGAUGGUGAUGAGACUCUUGACAAGCAAUAUUAUAGUCACUACUGUCCAGUACCUGUCCUCUGCACUGCACAAGAAUUUCACAGAGACAGACUUUGACUUCAAGGUGUGGAAUUCUUAUUUUAGCCUGGCAGUUCUGUUCAUAAACCAGCCAAGUCUUCAGCUAGAAAUCAUUACUUCAGCCAAGAGGAAGAAGAUUCUAGAUAAGUAUGGAGACAUGCGUGUGAUGAUGGCAUAUGAACUGUUCAGCAUGUGGCAGAAUCUUGGUGAACAUAAGAUCCACUUUAUUCCGGGAAUGAUCGGUCCUUUUCUGGGUGUGACACUGGUCCCACAGCCAGAAGUUCGGAAUAUCAUGAUUCCUAUCUUUCAUGACAUGAUGGACUGGGAACAGAGGAAAAAUGGCAACUUCAAGCAGGUGGAGGCUGAGCUGAUUGACAAACUGGACAGCAUGGUGUCAGAAGGGAAAGGUGAUGAGAGCUACCGGGAACUCUUCAGCCUGCUAACCCAGCUGUUUGGGCCCUACCCCAGCCUUCUGGAGAAGGUUGAACAGGAAACAUGGCGUGAGACUGGCAUUUCCUUUGUUACCUCAGUCACCCGCCUCAUGGAACGCCUUCUGGACUACAGGGACUGCAUGAAAGGAGAAGAAACAGAGAACAAGAAGAUUGGCUGCACUGUCAACCUAAUGAACUUUUACAAAUCUGAGAUUAACAAAGAGGAAAUGUAUAUCCGAUACAUCCAUAAGCUUUGUGACAUGCACUUACAGGCUGAAAACUACACAGAGGCUGCAUUCACCCUGCUUCUUUACUGUGAGCUACUGCAAUGGGAAGAUAGGCCGCUACGGGAGUUCCUACACUACCCAUCCCAGACUGAGUGGCAGCGGAAAGAGGGACUGUGUAGGAAGAUCAUCCACUACUUCAACAAAGGCAAGAGCUGGGAGUUUGGAAUCCCUCUGUGUAGAGAGCUGGCAUGUCAGUAUGAGAGCCUCUAUGAUUAUCAGAGCCUGAGCUGGAUUCGGAAAAUGGAGGCCAGCUACUAUGACAAUAUUAUAGAGCAGCAACGCCUGGAGCCUGAGUUCUUCCGGGUUGGCUUUUAUGGCAGGAAGUUUCCUUUCUUUCUUCGGAACAAAGAAUAUGUGUGCCGUGGUCAUGACUACGAGAGGCUGGAAGCCUUCCAGCAGAGGAUGCUCAGUGAGUUCCCACAGGCCGUUGCUAUGCAGCACCCUAACCAUCCUGAUGAUGCCAUCCUACAGUGUGAUGCUCAGUAUUUACAGAUCUAUGCAGUGACACCUAUUCCAGAUUAUGUGGAUGUUCUACACAUGGAUAGAGUACCUGAUCGUGUCAAGAGCUUUUACCGUGUCAACAAUGUAAGGAAAUUCCGGUAUGACAGACCUUUCCACAAAGGCCCCAAGGACAAAGAGAAUGAAUUCAAGAGCCUGUGGAUUGAGCGCACCACACUGACACUGACCCACAGCCUGCCUGGCAUUUCUCGGUGGUUUGAAGUGGAAAGGAGGGAACUGGUGGAGGUGAGUCCUCUGGAGAAUGCCAUCCAAGUAGUCGAGAAUAAGAAUCAAGAGCUGCGAGCUCUGAUCAGCCAGUAUCAACACAAACAAGUGCAUGGCAACAUCAAUCUGCUCAGCAUGUGCCUGAAUGGUGUCAUUGAUGCAGCUGUCAAUGGAGGCAUUGCACGCUACCAGGAGGCCUUCUUCGAUAAGGAUUACAUCUCCAAGCACCCAGGAGAUGCUGAGAAGAUUGCCCAGCUCAAAGAGCUAAUGCAGGAACAGGUCCACGUUCUUGGAGUUGGGCUGGCAGUCCACGAGAAGUUUGUGCAUCCAGAAAUGCGGCCUCUGCAUAAGAAGCUGAUUGAUCAGUUCCAGAUGAUGAGGGCCAGUCUGUACCACGAGUUUCCAGGUUUGGAUAAGCUAAGUCCUGCAUGUUCAGGCACCAGCACCCCACGGGGAAAUGUUCUGGCAUCCCAUAGCCCCAUGAGCCCUGAGAACAUCAAGAUGACCCACAGGCACAGCCCCAUGAACUUAAUGGGCACAGGUCGCCAUUCAUCCUCGUCUCUCUCCUCACAUGCAUCUAGUGAAGCAGGGAACAUGGUGAUGAUGGGUGACAGCUCUAUGGGUGAAGCUCCUGAAGACCUCUACCACCACAUGCAGCUUGCAUAUCACAACCCCAGGUACCAGGGCUCAGUCACCAACGUCUCUGUUCUAUCCUCAUCCCAGGCAAGCCCUUCUUCCUCCAGCCUGAGUUCCACUCAUUCAGCACCAUCCCAGAUGAUCACCUCUGCCCCUUCUAGUACCCGAGGCUCUCCCUCUCUGCCAGAUAAGUACCGACAUGCCCGGGAAAUGAUGUUGCUGUUGCCUGCACAUCGGGACCGCCCAAGCAGUGCCAUGUAUCCAGCAGCCAUCCUAGAGAAUGGACAGCCACCAAACUUCCAGCGGGCCCUGUUCCAGCAAGUAGUUGGAGCCUGUAAACCCUGCAGUGAUCCCAAUCUGUCUAUGGCUGAAAAAGGUCAUUACUCCCUACACUUUGACGCCUUCCACCACCCACUGGGUGAUGCCCCCCCAGCCCUCCCUGCCCGGACCCUGCGCAAGUCUCCUCUCCACCCCAUCCCAGCCUCCCCUACAAGCCCCCAAUCGGGUCUGGAUGGCAGCAACUCUACGCUGUCUGGCAGUGCCAGCAGCGGUGUGUCCUCCUUGAGUGAGAGUAACUUUGGGCACCCCUCAGAGGCCCCACCUCGAACAGACACCAUGGACUCCAUGCCAAGCCAGGCCUGGAGUGGUGAUGAAGACCUUGAGCCGCCCUACCUCCCUGUCCACUGCAGCCUCUCUGAGUCUGCUGUCCUCGACGCCAUCAAGUCCCAGCCGUGCAGAAGCCACUCAGCCCCAGGGUGUGUCAUCCCUCAGGACCCCAUGGACCCCCCUGCGCUUCCACCCAAGCCCUACCACCCCCGCCUGCCAGCCCUAGAGCAUGAUGAGGGUGUGCUACUGCGGGAGGAGGCUGAGAGGCCAAGGGGCCUGCACCGAAAGGCCUCACUGCCUCCUGGGAGCACCAAGGAGGAACAGGCCCGCAUGGCCUGGGAGCACGGCCGAGGGGAACAGUGAGGAGCGGAGAGGCAGCUGCACCACCAUCUUCAAUAAGCAGCUUGCCCAGGCACUCCGGGUCUGAAAAGCAAGUCCGUCCCAGGGAGCUAGAGGCUUGGCACUCAGGAGAAAACCACCAGAGUCUCUGUUCUACUGCCGUGAACUCAUGUAUUGCCAUGUCCAGAGGCCACAGCAGCAUGAAGGGUUGUGGUUUCUCUUUUAUUUCUUUUUUUCCCCCCAUUUUUCUGGGUUUUCCUUUAUGCAGUAGUUGCUUUCUUCCUCCUGCAGUUCCAGACCACAUGGAGCUAUAUGGAGAUAUUGCACAGACAGAAUUGCUUUGCAGCAUUGCAGAGUCCAGGAGGAGGAGCCCAGGCCUCCUUCCAGGGCAGAGAUGGCGAAGAAUGGAAGUUGCACUAGGGACCUCUUCCUUUGCUGUAUGGACAGGAAAAUUCAUGGUUGCAUUCAGGGAUUGCAAGGACCACAUGGACGACAUGUCACAGGUGGACAAAGGGGCCACAAGCCGUUUUGCACAAAUGCUUGCCCACCUGCCCACUCUUCCAUCUAGGAGUGUGCAACUGAGGGGCUGGUCAGGCACAUGACUGGCCUAACUGCAUGCCCAGGGCACACUGCCAGGCUUCCAUGGGCCAGCCUUGUCUCUUAUCCAACUUUGGACAUUAUUCCAUGGGCCAGCCUUGUCUCUUACCCCACUUUGGACACUAUACAUCACUUUUAUUUUGGACUUUCCACUCAAAACACCUCAUGAUCUGCAGAAGUCUCCCUGGCUCGAAUGGACUUGCAAGGCUUAUCUCUUCAGCCCUGGGGCUUGAAUUAAAUGAAGCUAGGAGGGCUAUCACUCCUGCAGGGAGUUAGCCCCUUCCCUUGUGUUAGAAAGAGCUGGUGUAAGAAUGAGGCUAGAUCCAGUGUGGCAGGAGCCAGAAUGCCGCAUAAGCUUUCACAGGUGGCUCCAAUGCCUGCCAUUUAGCACCUGAAUCAGGGAUUUUCAGCACUACCUCUGAGCCUUGGGGUUGGCUGCCCAGCCUGGCUUCCAGGCCCUGAGGAUGUGUGGUCAGGUUCAGCAAGCUCCUGGGUAUAAAACAUUAAAAUAAUUUUUUUAACUGAUGGGAGGAAACUAAUUUUGGAAGCAGAGAGCCACACAGGUAAAACUGUUAUCUUCCAAGUAGCCAAGUAUAGAACCCUCCACUCCAAACCCAUAAGGACCGCCACUCAGGGUUCAGGACGGGCAGAAGGGCAGUUUUUCAGACCUCCCCAGUCUGUUAGGAAGGGCACAGUGGUGACUUUAUAGGAAAUUCUUUCAUGUCAGGGCACUGAUUUUUCUCUUGGUAUUAUGGUGGGGGUAUAGUAUAUUUCACCAGGGUGCUUCUAAGUUACUUUUAAAAAUAACUUAUCUCAAGACAGUUGCUUUCCUUUCAUUUGCUUACAUUCUCAUCAGCGAUGGCCAUAAGACUGCCUUCUCCUUGGUGAGCAGGUAUGUUGCCCCACUUCCCUUAUCUUGUUGGCCUUCUGGCCUCCGGUGGCCAGGUUCUGGGCCUAGCUGCUCAUCCCUUUCCCACAGUUCUUUCCCAAACCGAAAAGUCCAUGGUCAGGGUCUUUUUCUCUUAUAAACAAGUUCAAUAGAAUUGCCAGCAAAUAACCUAAGGGAAAAGAUAGAAGGCCCAUUUUACUCCAGAGUAUGUUGGGGUCCAGGUACAAGAGUAUAGGGCUUUCUGAUACCUCAGGAUCAUUCAGGCAGAGCAGAGCAGAGCAGAAACUAUGAAGGAUGUAGGCCAAUCCAGGUAGCCUUGGCUCCAAGGGCAGACACACCUGCUCCUGAACCUAGAUUCAUUGGUAAGCUUGUUUCUGGACCAUCUGGUUCAUAGGUAUGAGGGUCAAAGUCUAGCUUUGUUGUGACUCUUAGGGAAGGCAGCAGUCCAUGAAGGCAGCCUGCUAUCCAGUGCAGACAUCUGCCUUCUCCACUUGGUGGCACAGGAGGUAGGGAGGGGAAUGUAGGGUUAAGUUCCUUGGCCUUGCUUUAUGCAAGAUGAAAUAUAUUUGUGUCGUCCCUCUCCCAUUUUCCCUAACUGGAUGAAAUGGACCUAUUCUGAAUACUUUGUAUUGAAAAACCAGCCAGUGUGAGGGAAAUGGGAGGCCAGAGAUCAGAAACAUUUGAAAAGAUUGUGAAAUACUGAUUUUCAUUCUUAUAAGCAUAUUUGUAAAUACCUAUUUGAAUGCUGUGUAUUUGUACAGGAAUUUGAGCAAAAAAUGUAUAGAGUGUGAUGUCUAAUUGGUAAUAAGCCCUAUAAAUGUGUUUUUAACCUCUGGCAUUCUGUGCUUAUUUAAAACAAGAAAACUUCUAACCAUUUCCUUUGUGUACUCGUGUCUAAAGAAAAACUGAUUUAAAAAUGAUCUUACCUGUACCAGAAAAGUUAAAGAAAAAAAUUGUGCCGGUGUCCCAAGAGGUAUUUUACUGUAUAUAUUGUGGUAGCAUGUUAUACAUCCAACGAGUAAUGUGAAUUUUAGAUGUAAAUACCUGCCAAUUGAUUCCCCCCUCCCUUGACUGCUGUGAUGUGAAUUAAAGAUGAAUACCUGAUAUUGA